AUGAGAUCCAAAUCCAAAAUCUUAUCAUUUGCGAGUUGAUCAUGUUAACUACUGAGCAACAUCUUGCCGGAAUUCAUGAGUCCUUAAUUAAUUUGAUUUAAUUUGAGAAAAUAUUGUCAUUUCAUUCUGGGUCAGUCAGCUGCAAUGUAGUACCAGGUACAUAUACGCAUCGGUUCAAGUGGACACACAUUAGCACAAAAAGGUGAACACCAAAUUCAUAGAAGUAGUUACUUUAAUGGUAGUAAGAUAUAAAAUAAAGAAUGCAUUUCAGGAUAUAGUACAGGAAGAAAGUUAGUUCGUAGAAAGAAAGAUGAAAUAAUUUUAGUUCCAUAGUUUAAGGGAAGACAGAGAGUGUAUACACCUAUGCCAUUGUGAUCGAUUCUGAGCCAUGUCACACAGUCUCCAACCAUUGGUUACGAUAGUCGAGUGAGCUCCAACCAAGUAGUUUGCAUCUACCAACAUGGCUCAGACCAGAAGUUAGUGACUUCAAUGACUGAUGCCACGUUUUGGUUUGGCCGCCUUUAACUUUCUUCUAACCAUUCCCGACACUAGUGAGCAUUGCGCGUCGUGGUAAUCGGUGUACAGACAUACGCAACACGUGGCCCAACCAUCUUAGUCGAUGAAGAUUCACAACUUCAUCAAGCGAUUUACCAUCAUUCUCUAAUACCCUGUGUCUAGCCUCACUAUUACUUACCCGGUGAUCCCAGCAGAUGCGAGCAAUAUUUCUAAGACAGCUGUGAUCAAGUACUAGUAACCUUUUACUCUUAAUGGCCAGGUUUCGCAGCCGUAAAGUAGAACAGAACGAACUGCCGCGCAGUAUACUCGUCCCUUAAUUGAUAGACGGAUAUCUCGCCUUCGCCAUGGGUGACGUUAGUUGGCAAAAGCCACACAACCUUUCUGAAUCCGUGAUGAGAUUUCGUCAAACACCAACGCAUUAGGAUUGAUCAGACUCCCAAGAUAAAUAAAGUUGUCGUGUCCGACCACUUCACUCCCUAUUCUUAGUUCAGCUGUUUUCGCAGGUCAGUCUUGAAGCAACAACUUGCAUUUAGAGGGAGAGACCCGCAUUCCAUACACCCUGGCAUUGUUGCUCGAUGUCACCAGAAGACAGCAUUUUAUCAGCGUCCUCACCAAAUAGGACUGUCAUGUGCGUAUUGUAGGUCGGCAAGUAGGAGAUCAAUGUCCGGAAAUUCAGUCGACGAGAAAGUUUUCCCCAGCAGUAGGUAUAUGAUGAAAUCAAACAAAAAUGGGAAUAGUGGACAACUUUGCUCGGUACCACAUGAGGUUGCGGAAUCAGAUGACAGUUCGCCAUAAGCUCUGACUCGACUAGUAAUGUUCGAGUAAAGAGCCUUCACACCCUUUAAUGACAGAUUGCCACAGAAUCCCGUGGUCUACAGUCGAAUGCUGCUUCUAAGUCGAGGGAAACUAUCAUUGCCCGACGGCAAUAAGCAUACCUACGUCCUAAAGCAUGACGAAUAGUAAAUUUGUGGUCAAUGCAGUCAAAUCUGAAGCCAGCCAGAUUUCCUCGUGUUUGAAGUUCAUGAGUCUUUGUUAAGUACCCGAUAAUUAUUGAGGCUAGUAUUUUAGAUAUUAUAUUAGUGAAACUAAUUUCUUUAUGGUUAUCAUAGGAUGAUUUUGACCCUCUUAUAUAUUGGGACUGUAGUAACCUACUUUUGUCAACAGAACACGAUUGGUUCGAUGAAAACAAUUAUUAUUAUAACCAAUUGUACCAGUGACUGUUUUACUGUGCUCGUUUGUUUAACUGUGCUAAUAACAGCCAUUUUGGGCUUCCAUUGAAUUCCAUUGCUUUUACGCGGCUUUUGGACUACGCACGUAUCUUAUCUUGCCGUUCGCAACUGUACUCCUUUGGCACGAUCUCGGUAUUCUUUCGAUACCACGAGAUCGCCAACAAAUAUAUACGACUACUACAAUCAUAUGCCUUCUGAUAUUUUGGCCUAUCGGAAUUUUAUUGGUCUAUUGGCAAGUAGUCUUGUAGCGGUGUUCAUAGUUCAGUUCAACUCGACACUACGCUACAUUUGGUGACCCAAAUUUUGGAACACGCCUCAACUUCGGUCAAAUCUUCUGCAACUGGUGAACCUACAUCUACGACCACUUGGCAAUCGCAACCAAACCUUCCAAAGAAGUCAAUUUUGGUGAGUCUAUCGCUUAUCUAUCCACGUCUGUCAUAUAUUUCCAUAUUAAUUUUUAAUAUAUAUAUUUGACAUGACGGAUAACGAUAAGAAUAGUAUUAACGUAAUAGACUCUGACGUACAGGUUAUACACUUUCGACCUGUAUCUUUUAUUCCUCACGAUCCCGAAGUUUGGUUUGCUGCCAUAGAGUCUCAAUUUGAGACCCGUCAUAUCACAAGCCAACGGCAGAAGUACACUUAUGCUCUCGAAUGUUUACCGGGAGACCAUUUAGUAGCUGUCCGUGAGGUUGUCCUCAAUUCCAAUGUGCCCAAUGUUUACGAUCGUCUCAAGGAGGCGAUCCUCAGAUAUUUCCUCCCAUCGAGGGAGGAACGAUUGAGGACGUUAUUAGCACGUCACCCCCUGGGUGAUGCUAAACCGAGCCACCACCUCACGCGCCUGCAAUCUCUUGCAGGACCCACGGCAGCCGAUUCUGAAAUUGUUAAAGAACUGUGGCUCGAAUCUCUACCAGCAUUUAUCCAACCUACAGUUACGGCCCUGCUCGAGGACGCACCACUGAAACAGGUAGCCCUCACAGCAGACAAAAUUCUAGCUAGGACUGGCAAUCGAGACAACUACGUAGUUGCAUCAACGUUGCGUCCGAAAGUCGAUAUCGACGGCAGCCACUCCUCGGCUCAAGGUGACAGGGAAGGGUGUAUUCACACACGUCUUAGUUUUCGAGACCGUUGUAACGUACCCCAACCCUACGUCCCUCGAGUCCGCUCACGCUCUCGAAAAGCCGUCAACACUCGCCCAACGAGGGCAUCUUCCAAGCCACGCCAAAAGGCGGCUUCGGAAGCGAGUGCAGGUUGGUGCUGGUUUCAUCGAUCCUUUGGAUCUGGUGCCCGCCGUUGUCGAGCCCCGUGCUCAUACAAGGCGGGAAACUCCAAAGCCGGCGAGUAAAAGCGGCCGUACUCGCCGGCCCUGCCCCCCAGGUUGGCCGUUUAUUUUAUGUGCACGAUUAUCGCACAAACGCCAGGUACCUAGUGGAUACAGGUGCCCAAGUUUCUGUCGUACCACGAGGUAUCAUCAAGUCACAAGCUACAAUGCUUCGACUACGCGCUGCAAAUGGCUCAGCCAUUCCUACCUACGGUACACGACAACUCGCGGUCAACCUGGGCAACCGACGACGGUAUCUGUGGACGUUCAUCAUUGCUGAUGUUCCCACAGCCAUACUAGGUAUUGAUUUCCUACAGCACUAUGAAUUGCUAGUCGAUUCACGUAGGCUGCAGCUAAUCGAUACUUCGUCGAACAGCAAAUUCAUGGGCUUUAAAGCUCACACAAACGCGUACCGAAUCCUCGGCACUUUUUAUUCGCGUGACGAUAAAUUCCACGCCUUAUUCGAGAAAUUCCCCAGAUUAACUAAACCAUUCGAGGAGAUUUCAUCGGUGACCAAUCGUGUGGUACACCACAUAGUCACCCGCGGACCACCAGUCACGGCAAGACCACGCCGACUGGCACCGGACAAAUUAGCCUUCGCUAAACGUGAGUUUGACAAUUUACUAUCUGCUGGUAUUAUUCGUCCUUCUCACAGUCCUUGGGCCUCUCCUUUACACAUGGUGCGCAAAAAGGAUGGGGUUAGUUGGAGACCAUGCGGCGACUACCGAGCAUUAAACGUAGUUACGCGCUUUGAUAGCUACCCCAUCCCCCACAUACACGACAUCACGGCAUCGCUCAAGGGCACGACUAUCUUUUCUAAGAUCGAUCUGGUACGAGCAUAUCACCAGAUCCCAGUCGCUCUUGAAGACAUCGAAAAAACUGCUAUCACGACUCCUUUCGGUCUGUUUGAGUUCCUACGAAUGCCAUUUGGAUUACGAAAUGCUGCUCAAACUUUUCAAAGGUUUAUCGAUAGCAUAGUACGAGACUUGGAUUUUGUUCACGUCUAUAUUGAUGACCUGCUGAUCGCAUCAUCAAACGUAGAUGAACAUUAUCAACACCUUACGCUAUUAUUCCAACGUCUUUCGGAUAAUGGAAUAGUAGUCAACCCAGAGAAAUGUGAGUUGGGUAAAUCAGAAAUAAUAUUUCUGGGUCACAUCAUCAGACAAGAGGGUAUUCUGCCUUGCGAGGACAAAAUUCGAGCAAUCAAGGAGUACAACGUGCCGUCCUCAAUCAAGGAACUGAAGGCUUUCCUCGCUUUGGUUAACUUCUACCGACGUUUUAUCCCACACGCGGCAGAACGGUUACGACCAUUAACCGAUUUACUACGCGGUAAUCCACGCAAAUUAGAACUAAACGAUACCGCACGUACUGCAUUCUCAGAGAUCAAAACGGCUCUCGCUGAAGUUACACUUCUCGCUCAUCCUGACCCAUCAGCCACGCUUAGUAUAGCGGUUGAUGCAUCAGAUUUCGCUAUAGGAGCUGUUAUGCAACAGAAUAUCUCCGGUAGUUGGCAACCCCUUGAAUUUUUCUCACGACGCCUUACUCCCACGGAGACGAGAUAUAGCGCUUUUGGUCGCGAGCUGCUUGCAGCCUACUGCGCCAUCAAACAUUUCCGGCACGCAGUAGAAGGACGUCAAUUCAUCUUAUUCACCGACCAUAAGCCCUUAACGUAUGCCCUGCAUACCAAGUCUGACCGCUACUCACCACGAGAGUGCAGACAUUUGGACUAUAUCUCACAGUUCACGACAGACCUUCGUCACAUUAAAGGCGAGUCGAACUAUGUUGCCGAUGCUCUUUCACGUAUCCAGACGAAUGCAGUUACUUUACCGGUGCUCGAUCUUCCUGCUAUGGCCGCCGCACAAGCAAACGAUCCUGUCUGUACAGAAGCACCACAAUCUUCGUCCCUUCAGUGUCAGGAAGUACCCCUAGCUACUAGCUCAGGUACUAUCCUAUGUGAUAUUUCUACCGGUCUACCUCGACCCAUCGUACCCUCUACCUAUCGCCGUCUCGUAUUUGAUGCCCUUCAUGGAUUGUCUCAUCCAGGUAUCGCAGCCACAUUACGUCUCAUUGCUGCACGAUACGUCUGGCCGUCCAUGAAUAAAGAUGUUCGUAUGUGGGUAAAGCAAUGCUUACAGUGUCAACGAUCAAAAGUGCACAGGCACGUAGCUGCCCCCAUUGGCACGUUCGCUACGCCUGAUGCUCGCUUUGAUCACGUUCAUAUAGACAUUGUAGGACCGUUGCCACCAUCGCAUGGGUAUGAUCACAUACUCACGUGCAUUGACCGUUUUACAAGAUGGCCCGAAGCUAUUCCCAUCACGUCCAUCACGGCGGAGACAGUUGCUCACCGCUUCGUAGAACGAUGGAUAGCAUUGUACGGUUGUCCAUCGACUGUCACGACUGACCGAGGACAACAAUUUGAGUCCAAUUUAUUCUCCUCACUGACCCGGCUGCUUGGUACGGAACGCAUACGCACUACCGCCUACCAUCCAGCAUCGAAUGGUUUAGUCGAACGGUUUCAUCGCCAACUUAAAAGUGCUCUCCGAGCACACGAAAACGACAAUUGGUACGAAACCUUACCGCUCGUUCUCUUAGGCAUCAGAACGAGUUUGAAGGCAGAUAUCCAAUGUUCCGCCGCUGAACUUGUAUACGGCACGACAUUGCGUCUGCCUGGGGAAUUCUUCACACCACGGAGCAGUAAUGAUUUCGGUAAAUCAGACUACGUCCAUCGACUGUCUGCAUUUAUGCGAACGCUGUCUCCGGUGUCAACUCGAAUACAACAUCGACAGGUCGCUCUCCCUCGAGAGUUAUCUACCUGUUCACAUGUUUUCAUACGAGUAGAUUCGGUACGCAAACCUCUACAACAGCCUUACGAAGGCCCUUUUCACGUGAUCUCUCGUCACGAAAAGACCUUCAAGGUUGAUCGACACGGCCGCGUCGAGAUCGUCAGCAUUGAUCGUCUCAAACCAGCACACGUCGAUGACAGUGCCCUACCCGAUAACUUGAGACUCAAUGCUAGACCUACCAAACCUUCUAGCGGGAUCUCUACGUCUACCUCGGAUCCCACGCUAGAUACAUCAGAGACCUCGUUCUCACGUCCCGGUCAACAGCACGCGUCAUCUGCACCAUCUAUGGACGAGACUCCCGUCUCACGUCCAGAUCGGCAGACCACGCCGCCCUUGACCUCGGAUGAGAUCGCAGGCUCACGAAGUACGAACGAGACCACCGUCUCACGUUCCGGUCGCCGAGUACGAUUACCCGUACGCUUUCGCGACUAACCGCACAGUCAAUAAUGGAUACGGUGUAGGAUUAUUCCUAUACUACACGCAUGCUACACUUUUCUUUUUUUUGAUUUUUUUUGUAUCCUGAGCCCACGCCUCCGACCAUCGUCCAUUUGAUAACGUCGACUUCAGUCAACUUUGACGAAAGCUGGUUUGGCCACCCAUGCUCUAGUCAACGCACUCAGUCGAUUAUCUGGUUUCGAAUUCGCCUGGCAUACGCUUGGUCUUUAUGGUCGCGUCCGGUUUCUUGGCUCAACGUGGUUUCGUCCUACGUCUGCAGCGUUUUCUGGUCCACAUCCGUACGAACGCAAUCAUCAGAUCCUGGAUACAAACCACUCUGGUUUGGUAUGCUAACUCGACCAACAAAUACAGCACACUUCUCCUGGUACCGUUCUGCGCAAAAGACUUUCGUUGGCAACUCGAGGAUCAAUGAUCACUUCCUGUUCCGCCAACUUCCUCCGUCCUACAACCGCAAUUCUGCCGAUCAGUCCCACGAAUCAAACCGCUAACUAUCGAAAGUGUAAACCCUUUCUAGCGGGGGGCUCCUGUAGUGACCUACUUUUGUCAACAGAACACGAUUGGUUCGAUGAAAACAAUUAUUAUUAUAACCAAUUGUACCAGUGACUGUUUUACUGUGCUCGUUUGUUUAACUGUGCUAAUAACAGCCAUUUUGGGCUUCCAUUGAAUUCCAUUGCUUUUACGCGGCUUUUGGACUACGCACGUAUCUUAUCUUGCCGUUCGCAACUGUACUCCUUUGGCACGAUCUCGGUAUUCUUUCGAUACCACGAGAUCGCCAACAAAUAUAUACGACUACUACAAUC